AUGCUGCUACGUCUGGCAGUGGCCGAUGAGCAGGUUCUGAUCACCGACUUUUUGCGGUCUUCCUCAGUCGCCCAACAGCCUUCGCGGCUCUUGGUAACCCGGGCAACGACCAAGCCGCACUUUUACAAUGAAAUCGGACACCUCGAGUUGUACGUGCGUUACUUGGCCAAAUUGUUCCAGUUACAUAUGCAAAGUGAGAAUUACACUGAGGCUGCAUUGACUCUUUCGUUGCAUGCGGACUGCCUUGAGGUGAGUCAUUAUCUAAUUUUCUUUUUCGUUGCUGUUUUCGCUUCUUACGACAAAAUGAGUCGAAUGUACCGCAAUAUUUUGAAACACCAAAGAGCGGAGCCAGAGUACUUCAGAGUAGCGUUCUACGGUCGAGGCUUUCCAAAUUUCUUGCAAAAUCUUACAUUUGUGUAUCGCGGGAGUCCGUAUGAACGUCUGGCCGAUUUUACAAGUCGCAUACAGGCGCAGUAUUACAAAUACAACGAAGUACAGAAGUUCAGUUUCUCUCGUCGGAUAACCAAAUCCAGCCAAGAUACGGACAGCGUGAGAGAUGACAUGUUGAAUGAAUUCGGCUUGAUGUGGCUUGAACGAACGUUUCUUGUCACCAGCUAUCGUUUUCCUGGUAUUCUCGAAUGGUUUCCUGCCGCAUCUGAAAGUCGAACCGAAAUGAGUCCAUCUGCAGUUGCUGUCGAAUCGAUGACUGCCGCCAAUGAUCAGUUGGAGCGACUAAUCGAGGAUACAGAGCGAUUUGGAGAAAAAUCGAUGAAACCCCUUGCUGCAAAGCUACAAGGAAUGCUUAACCCUGCUGUAAUGGGUGGAAUUACGAACUAUGAGCAGGCGUUUUUCAAUGAAGAGUUUUAUUCGAAGGCCGAUCAGACUACAAAGGAGAACAUCAAUAUCUUAAAGGACCGCAUAUCUAGUCAGAUCCCUCUGCUGGAAAAAGGUGUCUACCUUCAUGGAGAACAUUGCUCUGAUGAGCAGAUCGAUUUUCAUAAUCUGCUGGUUAAAUGUUUUUUCGAGUAUAAAAAUCGCGUGGAGAAGAAAUACGGAUCGAAGCCACGGUUGCUGCCUGAAAACUGCACGUUGCACUUGCUAAAGUGUAAAACGCUGCAGAGGCAGGUUUCAGUUGAUCCAGGCGCGCUAGUAGACCAGAAAUCUUCGUCAGUUAGUUCGGUAAAGAAGCUGGUUUCUCAUGGCGACUGGCAUUCGUAA